AUGGAUCGCUCCAGGCUCUCCCCCUCUACGCCUAGUAGCCGUGGUAUGGACAAGUACGAGCAGUUGGCGGUGGUGGGGGAAGGCUCCUACGGCGUUGUACUAAAAUGUCGACGCCGAGACACGGGCCAACUCGUCGCCAUCAAAAAGUUCCUAGAAACAGAAGAAGAUGCGGCCGUCAGGAAGAUGGCCUUGAGAGAAAUACGAAUGCUAAAGAAACUCCGACAUGACCACUUAGUAAAUAUGAUUGAAGUGUUCCGUCGUAAGCGGCGGUUCUACCUGGUAUUUGAAUACCUGGACCAUACGCUGCUGGACGAACUUGAGGCGUCUACCGGUGGACUCGGGGAAGAUACUGCGAAGAAACAUUUGUACCAGCUUUUGAAAGGAAUCGAUUACUGUCAUCAAAAUUCAAUAAUCCACCGUGACGUUAAGCCAGAAAACGUUUUGGUCUCCAAUAACGGCAUAGUGAAGUUGUGUGAUCUUGGGUUUGCACGAGCACUUGCAGCGCCUGGUGAACCUUACACAGAAUACGUUGCAACUAGAUGGUAUCGCGCACCAGAACUGCUAGUUGCCGAACAUAGGUAUGGUCCAGAGGUCGAUAUUUGGGCAAUGGGGUGUCUCUUUGCGGAGAUGCUCACUGGUGACCCACUAUUCCCUGGAGACUCUGACAUUGACCAACUCGCGCUCAUUAUAAAAACUGUUGGUAAGUUAGCACCACGACAUCAACAAGUUGUCGCCCGAUUAGCAGGCGGUGCUGCCCUAAGUGGGGCGGUCACGGCCCGCGCUUCUUUACCAGGGACUGGAUUAACAAGAGAUUUCCUAGCAGCCUGUCUACGAACGGAACCUAGAGCGAGACCUUCAGCGCAGACGUUACUUAGACACAAAUAUUUCAUAGCUGAUGGCUUUGCGGAAAACUUCAAUGCGGAACUUAGAAAAAAGUUAGGCAAAGAAAUUGUGACACCUCCAUCACAUCAGAGCACAGCUCGGCUUACCAGCAAACAACGUCAGCAGUGGACUUUAAACAUAAUACCGGACAACACCAGAUCUAGAACGGACAGUAUAGCCGGAGAAUCUCUAAUCGAUUAUCAUUACACACCAAAUUCAGAACAUCAAAUGGACAUAAGCCCUCUGGAUGCUAAGAAGCAACAAUCGAUAGCCGCAAUCACUACAAACGAAGCAGUUGAGCAGAUGCCACCAACUUGUGCAGCGCUUCCACCGCCGACAGGUCGCAGUCACCCUCCACAACGAACACUCUCAAGAGCAAUCAAUGACGCUUUUCAAACAUUUCCUGUCCCCGUAAAUACUUAUCCUAGAACGCCGUAUAUCAAAAAGGUAAAUAACAAGCUGGUAAUGGACGAAGAGUUAUUACGUGGGCGUGCUGUUGCCAAGAAGAACAAUAAGAAGACAGCACCGGAGUUAUCAUUACCAUACGUACCUGGAGCGAGUAACAAUCCUGUUAAAAAAGUCAAAAAACCUCAUCACUUACACCAAUCGAUGUCUAAAGUCUACGAUAGUUGGGACGGCACGCGCAGCGGAAUUGAACUAACUCAAUCUUCGCGUACACCCACCAAUCUGCCGUACAUGUGA